CAAGGUUACGUUCACGCUGCGGGACGUCUGGAUAAGUACCGUGUACCCAGCAGCUCGUCUUGCUUUGAACCUUCAUGUUCCUUCCCAUGCCCAUGGAUCCUUCUCCACCCUUGAGCCCCAAAGACCUCGAAGAGGCGUUCAUCAAGGUCACCUUCGAGGAGGACAGUGGCGCGCAGCACAAUGCUCAAGCCGGAGAUCCUUUCUACGACCCUUGGGUAGACCAGGCCUCAGCCAAGUUCGCCGAGCCUUCGCAGUUUGGUGCCCGACACCUGCGCAAGCUCUACCCGGACUACUCCAUCGUAGGAGCUUAUGACGGAAACAUUAACAUCCUCGGGUUCCCGGGGGCCAUGGCUCAGCCUAUCUCUGCCCCCGACCUCAUUACGACUGUGUUCUUCGUACCUCUGGCCAGGCAUCUCUCCCCGGUCCCCGGCGUCCUCGUUGAUCAAAUCUCUUACGGAGCAUUCCGCCUGGCAUGGGACCAAUACGAUUUCCUCUUGUACAUCGUCAAGUACCCUGCUGGAUUUGGCACGACGACCCACCACUAUGUCCUCCACAAAGGCUCGGAAGAACCCGCGAGGUUGCUGCUAUUGGCCGCCGGCGCAUGGCAGGAUCAACUGCACCAGGAGAUCCUCGUCUUCGACAACGGCUUCUGGAACAAGAGCAACAGUCUCUGGACUGAGGUGCAGAAAGCAAACUGGGCCGACGUGAUCCUCAAGGAAGAGUUUAAGACAGCCUUGAAGAAGGACAUAUAUGGCUUCUUUGACUCCGAAGACCUCUACAAAUCACUGGCGAUCCCCUGGAAGCGCGGUCUGAUCAUGUACGGUCCUCCUGGUAACGGGAAGACCAUCAGCAUGAAGGCGGUCAUGAAGGACUGCGAUGCACGGGGCUUCGCGCCGCUGUACGUCAAGUCGUUCAGGUCUUGGAGAGGCGAGGAAGGCUCGAUGUCGGAGGUCUUCAACAAGGCCAGGCAGAUGGCGCCCUGUAUCCUCAUCCUUGAGGACCUGGAUGCACUCAUCAACGACGGCAACCGUUCGUUCUUCCUCAACCAACUUGACGGUCUGGAGGGCAACGAUGGCCUGUUGAUCAUCGGCUCUACGAACCACUUCGACCGGCUCGACCCUGCGCUCAACAACCGCCCCAGCCGGUUCGACCGCAAAUACCUGUUCGAUGACCCGGACGAAGAUGAGCGCACGCUCUACAUUCAGUACUGGCAGGGCAAGCUGCACAACAACAAGGACAUCUCCUUCCCUGACAGCCUGGUCAAAGACGUCGCGUCGAAGACCACUGGCUUCAGCUUCGCGUACCUGAAGGAGGCCUUCGUUUCCUCGCUCGUGCUCCUGGCCGGUUGGGAGGGCGACAAGCCCGAUUUCAAGGACGUCCUCCUGCGCACGGUCAAGACACUCCGCGAGCAGCUGGACAAGGAUAAAGACUCCGCGCUCAAGUCCGAUGCGGCCCCGGCCUUCGGCUUCCCGCGGAUGUUCCACAGCGCGCCUGGCCCGCAGACGAACGCCAGUCGCCUGCCGCGCGUCGAGGCGCGCUCCAUCGGCCAGCCGCGCAUCUGGGACACGACGCCUUCUACUCCCGCGGGGAGGAUGCCCGGUGCCUUGCCGAGUGGGACCGACGCCCAGCGUGAAGGUGGGAAUGGCCGCCGGGAUGUCAGGACGAUGGCGUCCGCCGCUGCUGCCUUGGGGCGGUCAUUCAUCUCGUAGGUCAAGUGCUCGUCGAGUUAUAGCAACGGACGGUUCGGCGAAGGAUGGGUGGAUGGAUACGGAAUUUGUAUGUUGGAAUGUACGUGUUUCAGUUUCCGGUCAGCGUUGUACAUAUAUCACAGUGCACUAGGGGUCUAGAGUGCGCCUCAGAUCAAAGUGCAUAUUGCUACGAUCUC